AUGUCAUCGUCCUACGGAAGCUGCCGCUGCGGUAACAUCAGGAUAUCGUUCAAAGGAGACCCCAUAACCACAGCCGCCUGCCACUGCCUCGAUUGCCGCAAAGUAUCAGGAGGCGCCUUUGGCCUAAGCGUCUUAGUCCUGGCCGCCGCCUUUUCUUGUGACAUGAGCACACCAACGAACUACGCUAGCACGUCUGACAGCGGCAACCAGGCUGUCAACCACUUUUGCGGAACCUGCGGCGUAACGCUCUGGGCUGGCGGAGCGUCAUCCCCGUUCAAGUUCGUCAAGGCCGGUGUGUUGGAUGAUGCUGCCGCGCUGAACCGGUUGAGGCCCGCUGCUGAGAUCUAUACCUGUCGAUGUGCGGCGUGGUGUACGGCUUUGGAGGGAGCCCAGCAGAAGGAGAAGAUUUAG